AUGUCGGAAGGCAGUUUCUGCCAAGGCAAGUUCGGCACGCGCCCGGUUGAACAUCGCUGCGCGCCCCAGCGGCCUUUAACUAACUUUAUGCUACACUUAAAAUAUGUAUUACUGGUAGAUCAGCGAAUAAAUUCGAUUUUUGGUAAAUACCACCGCUGCCACCCAAGGUGGUUUGACACUGACUUUAUUUUUAUACCAGUUAUAAAUAACUUUCAGGUGAUAGCGAAACUGGUGAAGCUGGGCUACGCGGCAGAGGACAUCGUGAGCAACAUCUUCCGCGUGUGCAAGACGCUCGACGUGUCGGAGGACGUGAAGCUGGCGUUCGUGCGCGAAGUGGGCGUGACGCACAUGCGCGUGGCCGAUGGACUCUCCUCGCCGCUGCAGCUGGCGGCGCUGCUCGCGCGCAUGUGCCGGGCCGCAGCAGCCCUGGCUUAA